AUGGAUGAUGCUACGAAAUCGCGUUUGAAGGCAAUUCCAUUAUGCAAAACUAAAGCUGGGCCACGAGACGGAGAUUUAUGGAUCGAGCGAUUGAAGGAAGAAUACCAAGCGAUCAUCAAGUUCGUACAAAACAAUAAAGAGUCUGAUUCGGAUUGGUUUCGCCUUGAAUCAAACGCGGAUGGUACGAAAUGGUUUGGGAAGUGCUGGCACUAUCACAACAUGGUUAAGUACGAAUUCGACGUUGAAUUUGAUAUUCCUAUCACGUAUCCAGUUACUGCGCCUGAGAUAGCAUUACCAGAGCUAGACGGAAAAACUGCAAAGGUACAUGUUUCCAAUAUACUGUGA